AUGGCGUCUCCUUCUCCGCGCCCGGAGGUGUACCGGUGCUCGGAGUCGUCGGGGCUGGAGCCGGGGGAGUCUGCGGUGCCGAGCUCGCUGCUGUUCGGCCUGGGCCUGGCGGGCAACGGUCUGGCGCUGGCGCUCCUGUGGCGGCACCGCUGCGCCUCCCGCCUCCGCCCUCAGCAGUGCGCCCUCCCUCCGGAGCGGCCCCGCGCCUCCGCCUUCUACCUGCUGGCCUGCGCCUUGGUGGCCACCGACCUGCUGGGCAAGUGCCUGCUCAGCCCCAUGGUGCUCGCCGCCUACGCCAAGAACCGCAGCCUCAGCGCCCUCGGAGGGGGAGGAGAACGAGGAGGGGGAUCGGGAGGAGGGGGCUUGUGCGCGCCCUUCGCCUUCCUCAUGGCCUUCUUCGGGCUGGCGCCCACCGCCCUCCUACUGGGCAUGGCGCUGGAGUGCUACCUCUCCCUGGCGCAGCCCUACUUCUACGAGAGGCACACCAGCCGGCGUCGGGGCGCGCUCCUGGCCGGGCUGGUGGGCGCCCUCUGCGCCACCCUCUGCGCCCUCCCGCUCCUGGGCUUCGGGCGGACGGUGCAGUACUGCCCGGGCACCUGGUGCUUCAUGAGCCUCCGGGGGAGGGGGCGGGAGUUCGCCGCCCUCUACGCCAGCCUCCUGGGCGCCCUGGUCCUGGCCGUGGCCGCCACCAACCUGGGCACCAUGCACUGCCUCUACCGCAUGGCCCUCCGGCAGCCCCCCCGACACCCCUGGGCCAAGAGGAGGAGGAAGGGGCCCUUCCCCGGCAGGGGCGCCACCGAGGAGCUCGCCCAGAUCGCCCUCCUCGCCCUCAUGACCGCCCUCUUCACCGUCUGCUCCAGCCCCGUCAUCUGGCUGUUGGCUGGUUUCCAGGACAAUGUCCUGCAGGUUUUUGCUCCAGAUGAAGUCAUCCAAGGUACUGAAGCCUAUCCUGAAACAGAAAUGCACCAGACUAGCAUCAAAGGCAGCCAGAUACACCAUUCCCAAUCCAUGGCAUCAGCAGGUCUGGCCCAGCUGGACUGA